AUGGCUUUAUCUAAAAUUGAUAUUCCCCGCCGAGCCCAGCACUUUUUAGAAUGUGGCAUUGAAGAAUGUGAAAGAAACUGCGAGUUCUACUGCAACCUUUGUCAUCAAAGAUUGUGUAAACAAUGCAGAGAUGAACAUCUGAAAAGUCCAGAAAACAAGAACCAUGAGGUGGUCCUUUACCAGCAACGUAAACGACAACUUCCUGUGGAGAAAUGCAAGAUCCACCCCACUAAAGAUGUGGACAUGCUCUGUGAAGAAUGCCAAGUUUCGUUAUGUUCUAAAUGUGCGACAAAGGGAGACCACCAGAAACAUACAUUUGUUGAUCUUGAAGCAGUCUACGCGGAAAAAUUUGCACUCUUCCAACAGGAAAUCUCCAAAAUUCACGAGUAUUUUCUCCCUACAUCACAAGAUUUACAGAAAGAGAUUAAAAAAGAUUCCUCAGAAAUCAAAUACCUUAUGGACAACAUCAGAACAUCCAUGAAGACUGAAGGUGAGACCCUGAAAAGUCUGGUGGACACAGUCAUAUCUGAUAACAUGAAGCAGUUAGACCAGAUAGAGCAAUCACUGUUAGAAGAUCUAAACACCCAAGACAAGACAUUGGAUGAUUACAUCACUUAUCUCAAUAACCUUGUCAAAGAGCUCCACAGAUGCCUGUCCUCUACAGAAACCCAGAAAUUAAUGUCUGAGAAGAAACCAAAGAUUCGAUCCAUACCAGAGACAACAAAACCAGUCACACCAGGAUUUACUGCUGGUCAAUACAACAAAAGUGAUGUCUUCAAGCUACUUGGUAAAAUACAUGUCCCCAUUACUAAAGCAGAGAAGAGAGAAAUAAGGGACAUUGAAAGUGUCUACAAUACAGCAAUGAAACCUACACAUAAACAGAUGAAAGAAGACAGAAAGAAAUCUAACAAGAAACAAACAAUGUCUCUAUCUGCCUCUGUCACCAAGGUCAAGGAGUUCAAAGUACCAGGUGUUGAUCGUAUAUUACAUGUAUCACUAGAUCAAUCAGACAGACUCUGGAUCAGUGACAAUAAGGGUAAUCUUGUCCAAACAGAUCUACGGGGGAAUGUGAUACAGAAGAUAAAAACCAGUGGUUUAGAAGGUUACCACACAGUCACCCAGGGCGGGGAUCUGAUCUUUACAGACCCAGAAAAGAAAGUCAUCAAUAGGAUAACACAGGAUAAUAAUAUCACUGAAUUCAUUAAAACUGGAGACUGGGAACCACUCAGCAUACACUCCUCCCACAUCAACGGGGACUUACUGGUGGGGAUGGUGGGUAAAGUCACCAGGUACAAGACAGGAAAAGAACUGCAGAACAUACAGAGAGUUAACAAAGGACAGGGACUGUAUGGUGGACCACACUACAUCACAGAAAACAUCAAUGGAGAUAUCUGUGCAUCAGACAUUAAUAAAGAUGCAGUAGUGGUGGUGAAUAAAUCAGGACAACACAGGUUCUCCUACAAAGGUCAAGGGUCAGAGUUCUUGCCCUUUGGAAUCUGUACUGAUGUCCUCGGUCACAUCCUGGUGUGUGAUAGAUACAGUGACACUGUUCACCUUCUUGAUCAGGACGAUACAACAAAACCUGUCACACCAGGAUUUAUUGUUGGUCAAUUCAGCAAAAAUGAUGUCACCAAAUUACUUGGUAAUAUUCAGGUCCCCAAUACUAAAGCUGAGAAGAGAGAAAUUAGGCCCAUUGAAAGUGUCUACAAAACAUCAAUGAAACCUACACAGAAACAGAUGAAAGAAGACAGAAAGAAAUCUAACAAGAAACAAACAUUGUCUCUAUCUGCCUCUUUCACCAAUCUCAGGGAGUUCAAUGUACCAGGUGUUGAUGAAGUAUACCAUGUAUCACUAGAUCAAUCAGACAAACUCUGGAUCAGUGACAGUAAGGGUAAUCUUAUCCAAACAGAUCUACAGGGGAAUGUGAUAAAGAAGAUAAAAACCAGUGGAAGAUACGAAGGUUAUCACACAGUCACACAGGUCAGGGAUCUGAUCUUUACAGACAAAGACAAGAAAGUCAUCAAUAGGAUAACACAGGAUAAUAAAAUCACUGAAUUAAUUAACACUGGAGACUGGAGACCACUCAGCAUACACUCCUCCCACAUCAACGGGGACUUGCUGGUGGGGAUGAUGAAGAAUAGAGAGGGUAAAGUCACCAGGUACAACAAGACAGGAAAAGAACUACAGAACAUACAGAGGGAUGACAAAGGACAAAAACUGUAUAGUAAACCACUCUAUAUCACAGAAAACAUCAAUGGAGAUAUCUGUACAUCAGACUAUCAUAAUCGGGCAGUAGUGGUGGUGAAUAAAUCAGGACAACACAGGUUCUCCUACACAGGUCGGGGGUCAGUGUUCAGUCCCUGUGGAAUCUGUACUGAUGUCCUCGGUCACAUCCUGGUGUGUGAUACUGUCAGUAAAACUUUUCAACUCCUUGAUCAUGACGGUCAGUUCUUGUCUCUAUACUCACACCACGACAAGGGGUAAAGUAUCCCCGUAGUGUGUGUGUGGAUGAUGAGAACAAUCUCUAUGUAG